GACGUGAAGUUGAGCAGCUCAAAGAAAGCAUGGACACACUCAAGGAGCAAUACGACGCCAAGGUCGAAGAGCACCGUGUCGCCAGUGAGGAGCUCGACAGUAUCAAGUUGGAGGUGGCCACGGCACGUGCAGCAGUUAUGGGCACAGCUCGGCCAGCUCCAGACGGGACGACAGUGUCGGACGCCAUGGGCAGGUACCCGCACAAGUUCCUGGACAAGAUCAAGUUGGCACUCAUGCUGGUG